AUGGAUAUGUCUAUUUCCACAUCUCCUGUUCAUCACAACACUAGAGUAGUUGAGGAUGUUGUUGAUUCUGAACCCUUGGAUGAUGCCCCCUCAGAACGAGAGCCUAUCCCAUUCAACAGGGGUGAAGACGGUACAGGAACUCUGGCUGCUAUGGAGGACAGAGGACAUCUUUCAACAACUGCCAAUGGAGAUGAACAGUUUGGAAGAAGUGAACAUGUCAACAAAUUGUCUAAGAGAUUUUCAUUUGUACCAACAAUUAAGGCCGAAAUUGAAAGGUUGUUGGUGGAUUUAAAAAUCUACCUCAGGAAAUUUAAUUUAAAUCUGAUAAUGGGAACAGAUGACAUAAAGAAAACAAGAGACAUGUUUCGCUGCAGAAGUUUAACUGUGAGUACACAGUCUGACAAUUCUACAGUUCGUCGACUUACCCAUCAUCUUUUGAAAAGCUAUAACAAAGGUGUACGUCCAGUAAUAAACUGGAGCCAGACAACAAAAGUUUACAUCGACCUAUUUCUUCAUGCAGUUCUUGAUGUGGAUGGGCAUAAUCAGAAGUUAACAACCAACAUUGAUUAUCGCCAGCUUUGGAAAGAUGAGUUCCUUGUGUGGAAUUCCAGUGAAUUUGAUGGAAUCACUGAGAUCUCUGUACCUUUAAAUGAUGUAUGGGUUCCGGACAUUGUCAUCAAGGAGUUCAUUGAUGCAGGUAACUCUCCUGACCUACCUUACGUUUAUGUCAACUCACUGGGAUUAGUUAAGAAUCACAAGCCCAUCCAGGUAGCAUCUGCUUGCAUGUUGGAAAUCUAUGCCUUUCCAUUCGACACUCAGAACUGCACCCUAACGUUCAGCAGCUGGAUGCAUGCAGUGAGUGAUAUUGACCUUGCCUUGUGGAGAUCUCAAGAAGAAAUUGCAAAUAAUCAUCCAAAAUUUUUGACUGAUGGAGAAUGGGAACUCCUGUCAGUUCCUUCCCGUUAUGAAACAUUACAUAUGGAUAGUGGAAGUUAUUCGCAAAUCCAGUUUCAUAUUGUGAUUCGGAGGCGGCCAUUGCUGUACGUUGUCAGUGUACUGAUCCCCAGUACUUUCCUGAUGGUGGUGGAUGUGAUGAGCUUUUACUUGCCCCCAAACAGUGGAACAAGAAUCAGCUUUAAAUGCAGCAUUCUGCUGGGCUAUACAGUUUUCAGAGUGAAUAUAUCCAAUGAAGUUCCUGCAGCAGCAGUAGAAACUCCCUUAAUAGGUGUGUUUUUUGCUGUCUGCAUGGCACUUUUAUGUCUAAGCUUGAUGAAAUCCAUUUUUCUGGUGAAGCUUCUCCAUGCUAAAGAAGAGGGUUUCCAGGAAGUAACUAUGUUGAACUGCUGCCUCCCAGGAUCUUCUUCCCUCUAUUCAUGCAGAGAAAACAUCUUCCCUUACAUGAAAACACCAAAGGGGAUGAGUGGCAGUACAGCUUCAAGGCUCAACUCAGAAAACAGCUCAGAAGAGCAAGACGUAUCAGUAAACUCUGUGUCAAGCAGUGACAUCCUGAUGGAAGAAAUACUUGGAGAACUCCUGUUAAUCAAACAGUCCCUGCUUAAUAUGGACUAUGUGCAAAAUCUAAAGACUGACUGGCUGGCAUUAUGUUACAAACUUGAUAAAUACCUCUUCCGUUUCUAUUUGCUAAUUUUCACAACUUAUGCUGUUACACUGUGUUCUUUAUGGGCAUCCUGGAGCUCGAUUUAAUGUUGUUUGCGUCAUGCUAAAACUUAAAUGCCCAUGAUUAAGGCUUCAACAGACACAUGCCUAUUAUACAGAUGCCUUUUAGAGCAGUCAUUAGUAUGUUUCAGUGUUUCAGUGGUGUUCGCUAUUAGAUGUAAUCAGUCUGGACUUAUGAAACCAGUUAAUGAACUGGUUUUGCUGUAUGCUGUGAUGAACCUAUGCCUCACUUCAGUCUAAGCACCACAGAGCCAUUUUUAUCACCUGGAAAUGGAUAUCUGGACCAGAGGAAACUCAAGUAUAAGGUGUGCAGGUCAUCUUUGUUUCAUCACAAAAGAUAUUUAAAGAGAGAGGGUAGCCAUGAUGGGAUUGCCUAACUCAUGAUCUCUUUUCACGUAAGAUUCUACAUUCCACAUUUUUUAUAAAAACUAAAUGCAGAUGUCUGAAGUAAUGAUGAUAAAUCCACCUUCCUAGCUCAUGUUUCUUUAUAGGUAGAAAGGGGUCUGAAGUAUUACCAUGUAGUGAGAUUGCAUGCUUUACUAAUUUUGCUAACACAGUAGCUCUGCAUCUCUUUGUUUCUCUUCAUUGCAAAUGUAUGCCUGAACAGACUUGCUAAAUUUUUUGAAUUAUAUCUGAAACUCUCACUUGUCAUCGGCACAUCUGCGUGACUUCCAA